AUGUCGAACCCAGCCUCCUACGAUUCGAAUCGGCGAUCGGCCGUGUAUGGGCGUCAGCCAGAGGAGCUGCAUAUCCCCUCGACCGGGCUGAUCAAUCCGAAUCUGUCGCGCCAGCCUCCGUCGCAAGACUACCCCACUACGCCCGACGCAGGCGCCGCCGCCCAAGUGCCCUCGAUUAACGUCCACUCGUCACAGCCGCUGCAGUACGGAGGCAACGGUGGAAGCUCCAACAGUGCUCUUCCAGGAUCCCUCACGCCAGGAAACCAGCACCGACCGCCCGCUGUCUCUGUCAACACUGCCCCUUCGGUCCUUCCCACCGUGCCGCAGUCAUCGACGCAACAAGCUAGCCAUCGAACAAGUAUGAUCAACUCGCACGGUCACUCGCGAUCCAGUCCCGCCGGCUUCGAUCAGUCCAUGUACAAAUCACACUCUGGGAUGGAAGGCUCCAAGUAUCCGACCUCGCCUGGCGCCGGAUAUCCUCCCCAGACCCCGCAAGGAUCCAAGUACUCACCGCUGGGUCUGGCCGACAUUCGACCCUCGGCGGACCAUUUGCUAGGAGACGCGCUUAUGAGCCCCGGAAGCUCACUUCCGUACAACGGUGAUAACCAAGUUCCGACGAACAGCAACUACGUGGCACCAUGGCCUAUAUACGCAGUCGAUUGGUGCAAAUGGCCCAUGACUGGAAGCUCCAGCUCCUUUGGGGGUAAAUUAGCCCUGGGAAGUUAUUUAGAAGAUAACCACAACUACGUCCAUCCAAAUCAUCGACACUCACUGGACCCAACCAGACCCCGAUACACCGGAUGCGCAAGCGGGGAGAUCAAGCUCGACUACGUCAAAACGGCCGAAGCGACACACUCAUAUCCUGUCACCCGCAUUCUGUGGGAGCCGCCGUCAUCCCAAAAGCAGUCCACUGAUCUGCUGGCAACCUCGGGUGAUCACCUCCGCUUGUGGUCCCUUCCUAGCUCCCAGCCCUUGCAGAGCAACAAUUCCAUCACAAGGCCCACCAGCUCUCGAGAAGCACCCCCUUCGAAACUUUCGCCGCUGGCGCUGCUGUCCAACUCCAAAUCUCCCGAACAUACCGCCCCUAUCACCUCGCUUGACUGGAAUACCAUCUCUCCCAGCUUGAUAAUCACAUCAAGUAUCGAUACAACAUGCACCAUCUGGGACAUCCCAACUUUGACGGCUAAAACACAGCUGAUUGCACACGACAAGGAAGUCUACGAUGUUCGGUUCUGUGCCAACAGCGUUGAUGUCUUCGUCAGCUGUGGUGCCGAUGGAAGUGUGCGCAUGUUUGACUUGCGAAGCCUCGAGCACAGUACGAUUAUCUACGAACCAACGGACAGGAAUGAAAGGCCCGUAAUGAGUCCUGCUUCCCCCCAUGACGCUCAUCUGCUCGCCACAUUCUCCUCGGAUUCCAACGUUGUUCGUGUCCUGGAUGUACGACAGCCAGGACAGGCUCUUCUCGAGCUAAAGGGUCACUCUGCCGCUCUGAACUGCGUCGAAUGGUCACCAAAUCGACGUGGUAUUCUGGCAUCGGGUGGCGACGAUAGUCUUGUCCUGAUCUGGGACCUAAUCAAUCAACAAAAUGCGGCACCCCUCUCUCCUCCCGCCCAGACUCCAGGCGCUCCAGCCACACCUUCUGAGCGUGGCCCCGCUGCUGCCUGGCAAUGUGACUACGAAGUGUCUAAUAUCAGCUGGUCCCCGCAAGGUGGUACCAAUCCUUCCGGUCACCCGCGAGAAUGGCUUGGGGUCUGCGGUGGACGAGGCAUCUGGGGUGUUUCACUCUAA